UGAUGAUGAUGAUGAUGAUGAUGAUGAUGAUGAUGAUGAUGAUGAUGAUGAUGAUGAUGAUGAUGAUGAUGAUGAUGAUAAUGAUGAUGAUGAUAAUGAUGAUGAUGAUGAUGAUGAUGAUGAUGAUGAUGAUGAUGAUGAUGAUGAUGAUGAUGAUGAUGAUGAUGAUGAUGAUGAUGAUGAUGAUGAUGAUGAUGAUGAUGAUGAUGAUAAUGAUGAUGAUGAUGAUGAUGAUGAUGAUGAUGAUGAUGAUGAUGAUGAUGAUGAUGAUGAUGAUGAUGAUGAUGAUGAUGAUGAUGAUUUACAGAUGACUGGAGACACUCCACUGCAUACCGCUCUGAGAACAGGUGCCCAGGAGGCCAUGGAAGGACUGCUCAUCAAAGGAGCUAAACCCAACAUACCAAACAAAGAUGGAUAUCGACCAGUAGACGUGGGAAAGAACAAGGAGAUUCGAGAAAGUCUGAGAAUGUAUUCCACAUUGCUCAUCGCUAUGAGUGCUGGAUAUAUAAUGGCUAACGGCUUGAAGAUAAGAAGAACCGAUCUGAGAGACAAUCUUUUCUUAGUAGAAAGAGUCGGCAUAAUAGUGAGAAAAUUUGACUUCCCGGUUGAACUUCCGUCUGUGGGAUUCUAUUGUCGUCGCGAAAAGGCGGAAAAUACAUCCAUAGAGCUACCACCUUACCAAGAGGAAACGGUGUUCAGUGACAUCUUCCACAUUCGUCUGUUCGACGCGAUGCGAGACUGUGGAGCUACAUUGUACCUUCCGCUGUAUCAGUGUCCUAGCGACAAGGAGGAAGUUGUUCUGCGCUAUCUGAAUAGCGAUAUUCCCGACCGACCAAUGUCUCAAUACAUAGAACAAAAUAAUGAGCAUUUCUGUGAAGCCACGCUGACACUGAUUCCUGAGACAACAUUCGUGUGUUUGUUGUACGUCCGCCAAAAACGCGAAGUCCACACGGUCGGAACUGAAGAAUUUAAAUUCUUAUCAGAAAUGGUGGAGGAAUUUGAAAUGGCGAUUCCUCAAGGCACCUUUCAAGAGGACACAUCAAUCUCUCUUCAGGUUUUUGAAACAAAUACAGACGAUGAUAAAAUACUGGAUGAGGAGGAUUUUCAAGAUACUUCCGGUCCUGCAACAGAUGACCCCAAUACAAACUUGCAGGAUCCCGCUGAAGAUCCAAAUGAGGACGCAAUUUCACCAACUGAUUCGCACAUGCCUGUUGAAGAUACUGCAAGCGGGGCUAUGCAGGAUAAAAAUGACUCGGUGUCUUUAAAAGACAAAGUCUGUGAUCUGACUGAAGAUAAUCCAAUUGUUAACGCAGACUCUUCCGACAUACAACAUAUUAAUAAUGCUGAUGCACAAGUUUUAGAGGAGGACUUAGACGAAAACAGCUCUGUGAAACAACGAAGUGUCUCCGUAAAUCCGGACCUUCUAACGGAUGUUUAUCAAAUAAAUGUUGGAGGUAAACAACCCAACGGUAAAGUGAAACUAAGUCUACCAUUUUGUCAGGAUCUGGGUUCAGAAGAUGAGUGUGUGAUUGUGAGUACGAAUGAAAAUUCUCUUAAUGAAAACAGCAUUGAAGUGAUUCAGACAAGUGUAAUUCAAGGAAACCUUGUGUUCGAAGUUUCACAUUUCAGCAUAUUUGUAGCGACAUGGAAACGAAAGCUCAAGUCUGAAACCGAAGUUUCCGAUGAAAUUCGCGAGCAGAUCUGUAACACAAGAGACAAGAAAAAGCCGGCAUCUUUCUUUGUUGCAGUACGAAAGAUAUCAAAUACAGACGAUAAGCACACUCUCUGUGGUCGACUGUGGACUCCACAACAGAGUACUGGGUCGGUUGAAAAAAUGGGUGGAUCAAGGCUACUUGCUUCAAAACCCUCGAAAUACUGGAGCUAUGAUGAUGGCACCAGGCGAAACUUUUGUCGUCUGUAUUGAGGGGAACGCGGUGCUGGAAGAUUCCCAAGACGCACUUCAAAGAAAGAUCCAGUUUUACCAAUGUAGAUCCAGCCAUCAACCCUACAUUAUCUCUCUAAAACCCGAAAUAUACGACGAAGAAGAGGCUUUUUGUCACGUGGUGAUAUCUUCUUCUUCGGAAGCUGGCACCAAAGAAGUCACUCGCCUUCGAGUUGCGCUACCGCCUUUGCCCAAACCCGUUGAGCCUCAACGUACACCUUCUCCGGUCUCACCUUCACCUCCAACAAUUUUAUCUCCAUCAACUUCACCCCCUUCAACGCCAAUUAGUAGCACCAGCAGAAAGGAAAUUGGUUAGAUCUAAAAUCCACUGUCUCGUAUGGCAGUUCUGAAACCCGACGAAUCGUACGCCACCUUGAACGACCGAAGACUGCUCGUGAGGUCAAAGAACGCAUUGAAGAUAUAGUCAGAUUUCAGCACGACCCUGAGAUUGUGUAUGCCCCACCAACGGAGCUCCGAUUGUCACAAAAAGAGAGUUCAAUCACAACACCGAGACAUGGACGGAGAAGUUCGUUGAAAUAAGUGUAAUGAGAAGUAUAUUAGCUUCAACAUGUGUUUCCUUCAUCUUCAAACAGCGCUUGUUCACGAAGUUGGAUGAUGACUUUCCACUUAGUUGUUAUAUGUUUGUUCUCGUUUUAAAAUGACAUGACGAAGUAAAUGUGACUGUUCCAAAUCAAACAUUGUCAAAAUAGUGAGGGAAUUCCACACCCUCCCCCGACGCCGCACAUGGUACGCUUACAUUUAAAUAGGGACAAUGCACAUUUUAAAGAUUUUUGUAUGAUUUCGCCUUCGGAACACUUUGGGUCUGCGCACAGACCGACAGACAGAUAAAAAAUUCGCACAUGAUGAUUCCAGAAAAAACGCUUUUGCUUGUUUUCCGGUAGGCGUGUAAUAAUACCAGUUUUAUGUUAGGGCUGUAUUAAUAUAGAGGCCACAUUCGUUAUCAAAUCUUGAUUAAUUUUGUCACAAAGUUUGUGCUUUUGAAAACUAAGACACCGUAUCAAAUCUUAUAACAACAAUGUAUUAUUGUUGUAGUUGUUUCCACUUUUAUGACUUAUCAUUGAUCAAAGAUACUAAGAAUGUUAAUCUUGACAAUACAAAGGCAAACUUCGAAUCUUUGUCACACGGGUCGAGAACGAUAGUCACCAGGUCGAAUCAUACACAAACUCCUGUUACCACUUUAGACUUAGAGACCAAAUUUACGAUAAUCUAAAUGAAACUUGGUCGGAAUGUUUAUCUUUGCAAAUGAUCGAGUUCGAAUCUGGGUUACGUGUCUCUUAAAAUUAAAUCACUAGGUCAGAUAAAAAAAUAAACCUCUCAAGCAACAGAUAUGAUUCUACCACUAUUAAACUUAUUAAGAAUGUUAACCUUGAAAUAAUCUCGGUAUAGUUCAAAUGUGGGUCGUGUUCAUUCAAAAACUAGGUCACAAAGUUAAAUCUUAGAAAAUCAUUUAUACCACACUAGAUGCCACAUUUCGACCCCAUCUUGAUUAAAUUAAAUCAGCAUAUUAAUCUUGACAAUAUAUGUGCCGAUUUCGAUGCGUGUUCAUAUACGUCCAAUAUGAGGUCACUAGGUUAAAUCUUAGAUAGCCGAUAUUACCACUUCAGAAGCCACGUUGAUGACUCAAACUUGAUGGAAUAUGGUCAAAAUGUUCAUCUUAACAUUAUCAAUGCUAUCUUUGAAUCUGGGUCUAGAAGGUAAACAAACUAGAUCACCAGGUCAAGUCUUCGACUAUGGGUUUAUGUAAAUGACAGUCGUGUUUUAAAAUGUUUAUUCAUUAUUACCAUAUUAAAUUACAUGUAACUACACAUGUCAUUAUAUGUGUUACUUUAAAUUAUUAAUUUUAUUAUUAUUAUUGUUAUUAUUAUUAUUAUUAUUAUUAUUAUUAUUAUUUAUUUUUUUUAUUACUAUUAUUAUUAUUAUUAUUAUUAUUAUUAUUAUUAUUAAAUUAUUAUAUUAAUGAUAUAUGUAAAUUACGAGAACCUGUACAGUUGUUUAAUUAGAUCAGUUUGUUUAUUCGAUAGAUUUUUUUCUGACAUUCAAGUGAAAUAUUUGUUGUUUUCUUCGAAUGCUAGACAGAAUACAAUAAUGUAUAACCAUGCUUCAAAUGUGUUGAAAUAUGUAAACAGUAUUUGUAUUGAUUACAAAAUUCAAUUGAUUUCCACAUUCGUAAUAUGCAUAAAAAAUAGUUUUUGCGAACUUUAACAAGUUUAUUUAGAACUUUAACAAUUAUGUUUUGUGUAGUAUAUUCCAUGUUUACAACGACUUAUGAUGUUUAUUUACAAGUAUGGAAAUAAAGAAUGGUAUAUAUGUCA